AUGUCCAUAGUGAUCAAGCUCCUAAAGGGAGAAAAUAAGACUAGAAGCUUUGCAACAAUUGCAGUUCGACCUUUGGACGUUAUGAUAGAAGGAGAUCGACAACCACUCUCUGCACAUAAAACAGUUGAGCUGGUGUGUCGAGCGACGGGAUCCAGACCUCCCGCUAUUAUAACUUGGUGGAAAGGAACGUCGAAACUGAAAGCGUUGAAAGACAAUAUUUCUGUUGAUGGCAACGUCACCACUAGCAUCAUCACCAUGACGCCAUCUAGUGAUGACAACGGCAAGCACCUGUCCUGUAGAGCAGAAAAUCCCCUGAUAUCCGGAAGUGCCAUUGAAUAUGGAUGGAAACUUGAGGUUCACUAUAUUCCACAGCUAACUCUAAGGCUUGGUAGCAAGUUACGACAUUCCCACAUACAAGAAGGAAAUGACGUAUACCUUGAUUGCAGUAUCAUUGCAAGCCCAUGGGUGAGUGAAAUCGGAUGGCGAUUCGGAGGGAAAGAAUUAGUAACAAACACAUCGGCAGGGAUAAUCGUCAGCAACCAAAGCUUGGUGCUACAGAAAGUACAGAGGACUUCCAGGGGAUAUUAUACAUGCGUAGCUAGUAACAGUGAGGGAGAAGGAGAAAGUAACAACGUUCAACUUCGGGUUCAAUAUAGUCCGUUGUGCAAGCCGGGCCAGAAAGUAAUUUAUGGUGCGGCACGUCAUGAAGCUGUCAAAGUAGUAUGUGAAGUGGAAGCAGACCCAAAGCAACUGAGUUUCCGAUGGGAAUUUAACAGCUCGUCAGAUAACAUGCAGGUGCUAACAUUUGUGACGGAUAAUCUACGCAGCGUGGCCACCUACAUUCCAAGAACAGAACAAGACUACGGAACUCUCUUGUGUUGGGCAGAGAACAGUGUUGGUCGACAGAAAGAGCCUUGCGUUUACUUAGUUGUUCCUGCUGGUCCCCCAGAAUCCGUGCAAAAUUGCAUAGUCAACAACCAAACGGAGCAAUCUUUUCGGGUAGAGUGUACAGAAGGGUACGAUGGAGGCAUGACGCAGCACUACGUCUUGGAGGUUCACGAUGUAUUGCUCAAUGCACUUCACAGUAAUCAGACUUCACACGAGCCAGUAUUUACUGUCAAAGGAUUGACACCUGGGACUGAAUUCCUUGUAGUUGUUUAUGCUGUUAACAGUAAAGGACGUAGUGAAGCUAUAGCGCUGAGAACGAGUACCUUGACCACUCCGGAAAGCUUGACACGAGUUGAUGAUGUAUGGCAAGUUAGUUUCAACCCGGUGCUAGUUGUUCUAGUGGCAAUCGUUAUUGGUCUGGUUUUAUUGGCACUAAUUAUAGUUCUUGUCGUGAAAUUUCGAAGCAGGCAUCAUCACAGAAAAACAAAUCAAGAUUGUUCAAAAGACGACAAGUGUCAAACACCAUUGCGGAAGGAUACAGAUGAUGAUUGGAAAUCAUGCAGCUGUGCCGGAGAAGAAAAGUGCCCAGAUAUAAUACCAGGUCCUCUAAAAGAAGGAACCAUGGAUGAAGAUGACGACCUAUGCGGUGAUGGACUUCAUUGGCGGACAUCUUCCGUAGAUGGUGUUCCAGGAAUACUUUCUCCGGAUAGCUAUUCUAGGAGCAAACUUUCUGCAUCCGGAGUUCCACUUUUACAAAGUACAUCUCCUACCCCACCGCUAUCCCAAGAGCUAUCCCUACAACCAACAUUAUUACAAGAAUAUUCACCACCAAAAGUUUUAAGCCGAGCAGCAAAGCAAGUACUUGGAGACAGUUAUACAGAACUUACGACUACAAGUAGACAAACAAAAGUCUGAAAAGCACAUUGUCAAUAAUAUUUUUAUCGAAAAUGAACUCUUAAUCACAAUUAUGUGUAAAGAAUCUGUUUGAAGUUGAAACUCAAGACUUAUCAAAAC